AUGACCCAGACCCACUCCAAGAGGCUGAGACAAGAAGAGGAUAUCGGGAAACUCGUUCCAAGUAGAAUGCCCUCAAGCGGUCAGUGGGUGGAGUCCGCUGCAAGGAUGUUCGACCAGCUGGAACAUAGUCCAACACAAGAGUCAGACAAGGGUAGAAUGAAAGCCAAUCCUAUAUCUGUCCGACCACUUGUCGCCUUCUGCGUCUGGCAGACUACUAUUAACGAAAUCCCCAACGGGAGAGAUAUAGCUCGUGUAGUGUAUGCAUGUGUCAUUCAUUUCCUCAUGUCGUACUUUUCGACUCUUCACCCGUGCAAGGGGAGGAACAGGCAACAGGCGCAUCAAGCACAUGAACAAGCAUCAACCGAUCCAAGAUUCAAGCCGGUACAUCAAUAG